AUGUAUAUUAAGGAUUCGUUCCAGCACUACCAGAUGCGAGCAUACCAGAAAUGUGGCGCGCAAGUGGUCUUACAGUUGAAGGCUCUUGGUGUAGACAACAUCCUUAGGUUUGAUUUCCUAGCGGCCCCCCCUGCUCAGUUGAUGAUUCGUGCUUUUGAGGUUUCUGAUAAAGCAAUAUAUUUUCUUACAGUUACUUUUUCAUUAAAAGAAGUUGGCAGUGGAUUGGGGGAGAUGAAAUUAGAAUAUAAAAUCGAUCACGGGAUAUUCAUUUCUCCAAAAGUUGAUCCUAUAAUGAAGAGCGGCUUUCACCUAAUAAUCACUCGGUACAUUUUAGCUACUGGAUUCACCUCGUUUCAGAAUGUAGUAAAGGGAUAUUGA